AUGGGCGAGGCGGCCAUGGUGGGGAGGCGGGGGGCGGCCAACCCGUGGAGGACAGGCGAGGCGGCCAUGGUGGGGAGGCGGGGGGCGGCCAACCUGUUGACAACGGGCAAAGGCGGCCAUGGUGGGGAGGCGGAGGGCGGCCAUGGUGGGGAGGCUGGCUGUGCGGCGGUCUCUGCCUUGCGUGGUAAAGGCGCAGCACCGGAGCAAGGCCAAGUAUCACCGAAGGAUGCGGCUACAUCGGCUUCUCUAGAUGGGAUGGAUCAAAAUUCAACUUAUGUGCUGAAAAUCAGUUUGAUUGGCAACCCAAAAAAGGCUAGAAAGGAUAUCAAAUGCUUCUGUUUUGAUAAGGUUAUUGAUUCCGACUUAACAAAUUAUAAGGACUUGGUUGAAUCAAUCGUAGAGCAGUACUCGCCUCGUUAUUUGGAAGUUGCACAUGUUCAGUACUAUGAUGAUAUUCUUAAAAUCUACCCUGAAGUAACAUCUGACCAAGAAUUGAUGUCGAUGUUUGAGAAACACUCUAAGACAAAGGUUGUGCACAUGUUUGUUGCAUAUUGUGAUCCAUCGGAACCAUCUGAGCCUAUAACAGAAUGGCAUAGUGAUGUGCAUAGCCAACCUAACAACAUAGAACAAGCUGAUGAUGAUUAUCUUCGCAACCCAGUACCUGAGAAUGAGCAUGUUGGUGUUGAUGAGGAAAAUAUUUAUUUAGAGGAUGAACCUGUACCUCUUAUCAUGGUUCCUUGUUCCAAUAAAGAAAAGGACAAAGACUAUGUUCCUGAUCAUGAGAGCGAGGCUAAGAGUGAGGUUGAGAGCGAGGAUGAGAGCAAGGAUGAGAGCAUGUCAGAGGUUGAAGUAGAGGAAGAUGAGGAAUAUCACGAGGCAGAUCAUACACCACACAUUGAAUAUAAUAAAUUAGAUCCUCCAAUGAACGAAGGAAGAAAAUAUCCCAAUAUGGCAGAGUUUAAAUUGGCGCUUUCUCAGCAUGCAAUCAAACAUGAAUUUGAGUUCGACACCGAAAAGAGUGCACCACAUAGGUUCAGAGCUUAUUGUUCAAGAAGGGAUGAAGAUAAGUGUCCAUGGAGGAUAUAUGCUUCUACAAUGGAAGAUGAGUGCACAGUAAUGGUGAGAAAGAACCCUUGUGGUCAUGAUUGCUCUAGUACAAAAAGAAAAAAGAAGUUGAAGAAUGCAAACAAGCGGUGGAUAUGUGAGCACGUGAAGGACUGGCUAAUUGAGGAUGCAACUCUAGGACCAAAGGCAUUGCGAAAGAAGCUUAAAGAGCAUCAUGGAAUCGACAUCAACUCUAAGAGAGUCUAUAUGGAGGACCACCAAAGAAGAGGGCAAAGACCACCAAAGCAUCAAUUGUGCCUUGCGAGGAUGAUGCUCCAGCAGCCUCUAUGUGCUUUCCGCCAAGCCAAAGCUUGGAACCUACAACUACAAAAAAGAGAAAACAUGAUAACUCAAUUACUGGAGCAUCAAAAAGCCAAAUGUUGGAGAAAACAACUAAGGAAAAAGGGAAAGGGAGUAAAUCUGGAUCCGGAGUAGCAAAAAGAUCAAGAACUCAGCCCAUUUGUGUGGCCAACAAGAAAGCAUCUGUUGCUUUGAAAUUACAUGCCAAAAGAAAAGGCAAAGAGGUUGCUGAUAAGUUGCCACACCUUCCCAUGGUGACACAUGACAGCCCUGCAAUGGGCACACGAAGCAAAAAAAUGAAUCCUACCAGCCCUGCAAUGAGCACACGAAGCAAAAGGAGACUUAGCUUGUGAUUCUCAUUGGAUCCCUUUCUAUAUCAUGAUUCAUUUUGGAAACUUUUGAGCUGUCUAUGUAAUCUAUAUGUGAACCUGGGCUUUUGUACGUGCUAUAUGUGACCUUCAUGUGUUGUAUUUGACAUGAUGUGAACCUGGACUAUUAUAUGUGAACCUGAAUGUGUGUAGAGGACUAAAUAUGUGGACUGUUUGCGUA